GUGACGUCAGGGACGGCGGGGCUUGAUCAGCCACACUGCGGCUGCGCAGCGCCGGAGGCGCCUGUAGGACGAGGUUCUGUCAACCUGUCAGGUUGAGGUUCUUUCUGUUCUUGGGUGAACCUGGAAGACCGCCUUAGUCUACCACGCGGGGUCGGGCUCUUAAAGAAGAGUUUUGCUGGGCGUGGCCACGCUGGGUAGGGCCAACCUCUGACCUUUCCCAUCAUCUUAAAGUGGGACUCUCAUCGCACUCGGCCUGCCAGUCACCGGUGCCUCAACCUUCUCGGCACCUCAGCUCCAGACAGAAGCAAACCAAGGCGAAAGUUUGAGAAACACCGAAGGAUCCAAUGUGGGACGGAGUGGGAAGCGGGCAGGACAAAGGCCUUCAGGUUCUACAGGAAGCUCAUGGACUGACUCUGAAAUCAGGGUCUUCCUGCUGGAGUGGGAAGUAGUUGAACAGGAAAUGGGCCACCCGGGCAGGAAGAUCCACAAGAAGACCAGGGCUCUUUGCCGGCGCCUCUAUCAUCGGGGCCUGAAGAAGAGCUGGGAAAGCUGUUUCGACCUACUGCUGAGCCUACGGGAUCUGCACAGGACUCUCUGUAACGAGAGACCAGGGAUUGAACCCUUGUUUUCUCCUUAUGCAGAGGCCCUGUACAGGAUCCUGGGCUCCAGUCCCCAGGGAAGCCAUGUCCCAGGUCCUCUUGAUGAUGGGGCUGGUAACCCUCCACUUUCCAUGUACCCUCAAACUCCCAGGAACCAGCGUUGGGAUUAUGGUGUUGCUGUUCCUUCUGCACAGCUUCAAGGGAACGCACUACCAAUGAUGUCACAGGAGGAGUCCCUGUUUCCAAGAGGGGAGCACUGGAACCCCAGCCAUUCAAUGUCAACUCCAAACUUACUUCCUGACUUUGCCCCAGGAGACCCUAGCUUCCAGCAGCCAUGGCCCACAGCAGAAUAACACCAAGAUCUUCAAUGAGGACAAGCGGCCUUUCUUUGUUUAUUUUCUGAAAACCCUGGGACUGUGAAACCUUGUGGGUGUGGGCAUCUUUCUCUAUCUCAUAAGGGGAAAAUGUGGAGUUAACUAAAGGUCCUUACAGUGACUCUC